AGGUGUCGCGCUUUUUCGCUCCGCGACGCUCUCUCGGCCGUCGCGUAGCUUUCGAGGUGCCGUCCGUCGUCCGGCCGUUUAUCGUUCCUUCGCGGGGAACAACGCGCCGCGUCGCGCCGUGCGAGCGCGCGCGUGCCGUGACGUUGCUCCGUUUCCCUCGAGGAGCAAAAGAGACACAGACACAGAUAGAUUCGGCGUGGGGGAGGGGUGAGUGAGAGAGAGGGACAGAGAGACGUGUGCGCGAGAAGUGCCCCAGUUUCGGUGCGGUCACAUGUGGACGUCGAGCGGCGUAACGCCGCCGCGGUGGAGCAACGCGCCCAAGUUCGCGCCGGGAUCGUUCUCUCUCGCCGUGCCGGCGUCGUCGCUCCGGGAUUUUCACGGUGAGAGAAUUCGCAAGUGAGAAUUCGAGUGGACACUCACCGCUCGCCGCGUGUGUGUGUGUGUAUGUGCUGCGUGCGUGCUUUCGUUACGUGCGCGCGGGUGAAUAUCGCCAUCGCCGCCGCGAUCUCGCGCGAGCCACAUCUCGCCGCCGAGGAGCGGCAUGAAGUUGUCGCGCGACGUGAUCGACGUGAUCGCAGCGGAGACGAAGCCGGCGUCGCGCGACCGAUGACGGUCGAGCGGCCCCGAUCUCCCCCGAAUCUCGAGCGCGAAGAAAACGCCGAUUCCGGGAAUCGCCUACCGUUAACGUUGACCGCGCGACGCACCGCUCCUCCUGUUUACGCGCGCGAUCAUGUUUACGUGACGACGUAAGGAGCCCGAGGUGCGAGGAGGACUGCGCGAUUCGAACAGUCGGCGUCGUGUCACGGAGCAAACGCGCGCGCGAGUGACGGCGGUAGAUUUGAAGAGGAGGCGAGCUUGCGUCGCAUUCGCUAGCGAAAGCGGGAAAGCGAGCGCGAUCAGCUCGAUUAGUUCGUCGGUGACGUCGCGAUUAACCGUCGGGUGAGUGUAAACCAACGAACGAUCGUGCUAUAGACUGAAAACCUCGGUGGAGCAGCGGCGGCAGCAGCAGCUCGCAAUCGGAAUCAGGACGGCAGCCUGGGACGCGGGAUUCGCGUGAACGCGACAUCGAUCGAAUAUGUUGCCCACAAUUGAACGUUGCUGGUUUGUCGGGAUAAGAAUGUUGCUGCGUCGACGCAAGUGCGCAGUGUGACGACCAUCGGAUUACAUGCGAUGGAACGAUUGUUUUAAAAAGGAACGUGCAGCUCUCACAGUGCAAGCGCGAGGGAUCGUGUGUUACACGCCGUCAUCGAGAGGGAAGUCGACGAUAAUGGGGUAUCUAAGUGCUAACAGAAUGGAUACGUCAAGAAAUCGAAUUAGAAGAAUGGUCGGCUUGCUCUGGUUCUGCUUCUUCUUCGCGGCAGUCCUGGCUGAGGGUACUUUGGAGAAACUACAUGAAGAACACGUGCGGGAAUUCAGCUGCGGCAUGCUAUACUACAGGACACUCUACCUGGACAGUAAGAGGGACGCCCUAUAUGUCGGAGCUAUGGACAAGAUCUUCAGGCUAAAUCUAAGCAACAUCAGUCAUUCCAACUGCGAGAGAGAUGCUCUAAAUCUGGAACCCAGCAACGUGGCAAAUUGUGUAUCGAAAGGCAAAUCAGAGCAUUUCGACUGCCGAAAUCAUAUAAGAGUGAUACAGCCGAUGGGAGACGGCAAUCGGCUUUACAUGUGCGGUACGAACGCGCACUCACCUAAGGAUUGGGUUAUUUACAGCAAUCUGACUCACUUACCGCGCCACGAGUUUGUCCCGGGAGUGGGAAUGGGUAUCGCGAAGUGCCCUUAUGACCCUGCGGACAAUUCGACGGCGGUCUGGGUCGAGAAGGGCAAUCCCGGAGACUUGCCAGCUCUUUAUUCCGGCACGAACGCCGAGUUCACCAAAGCCGAUACCGUAAUCUUCCGCACGGAUCUCUACAAUCUGACUACCGGUCGCAAGGCGUUCAGCUUCAAGAGGACACUCAAGUACGACUCCAAGUGGCUCGACAAGCCGAAUUUCGUGGGUUCAUACGACAUCGGCAGCCACGUGUUCUUCUUUUUCCGCGAGACCGCGGUCGAAUAUAUAAACUGCGGUAAAAGUGUAUACUCCCGCGUGGCGAGAGUUUGCAAGAGGGACACUGGUGGUAAAAAUAUACUCGCGCAGAAUUGGGCCACAUACCUCAAGGCCAGAUUGAAUUGCUCGAUACCUGGCGAGUUCCCGUUUUAUUUCAACGAAAUACAGAGCAUUUACAAGGUGCCGGGUGACGAUACGCAUUUCUACGGUACCUUCACCACAUCGACCAACGGGCUAAUGGGCUCCGCGAUAUGUUCCUUCCACAUUGACGCCAUCCAAGAGGCUUUCCGCGGAAAGUUCAAAGAGCAAGCGACUAGCAGUAGCGCGUGGCUACCGGUCCUGUCCAACAAGGUCCCGGAACCGCGCCCGGGCCAAUGUGUCAACGACACUGAGACGUUGCCGGACACCGUCCUGAAUUUCAUAAGAUCCCAUCCGCUGAUGGACUCCGCGAUCUCGCACGAGAACGAGAAGCCGGUCUUCUACAAGCGGGACGUCAUGCUCACGCGACUGGUCGUCGAUAAGCUGCGCAUCGACUUCGUGGGCAUCGAUCUGGAUUAUACAGUCUACUACGCCGGCUCUAGCGACGGCCGUGUUCACAAGGUUGUACAGUGGAUCGACAGUAACGGCGAGUCCCAGUCGAUCUUGCUGGAUGUUUUCGACGUCACGCCGGGCGAACCGAUACAGGCGAUGGAGAUCUCGAAGGAACAUAAGGCUCUCUACGUGGCGUCGGAUCAUCGAAUAAAGCAGAUCGAUCUUGUGAUGUGCACUCGGCGGUACGACAACUGCCUCCGAUGCGUCCACGAUCCGUACUGCGGAUGGGAUAAGGACACAAACAUGUGUAAACCCUACGAACCAGGUCUUCUUCAAGACGUGUCGAACACCACGGCGGAUGUGUGCGACAGCAGCGUCGGCAAACGGAAACUGGUAGUCACGUGGGGCCAGUCAGUGCAUCUGGGAUGCUUCGUGAAGAUGCCGGAGGUGCUGGCGAACCAAGAGGUACGGUGGUACCAUUACAGCAAAGAGAAGGGAAGGUAUCAGAUCGCGUACAAAUACGGCGCCGGCGGCGACAAAUUCAUCGAGACCUCGGAGAAGGGUCUGGUGAUCGUCGGCGUGAACGAGCAGGACGCCGGUAGAUACGACUGCUGGCUCGGCGGUGCCCUCCUGUGCUCGUAUAACAUCACCGUGGACGCGCACAGAUGUUCGGCACCCGCCAAGUCCAACGACUACCAGAAGAUUUAUUCGGACUGGUGUCACGAGUUCGAGAAGUACAAGUCAGCGAUGAAGAGCUGGGAAAGAAAGCAAGCGCAAUGCGCCUCGAGACAAAACGACAGCAAUCAGAAUCUACACACGAACGAGGUGUACGGCACGCCCCUCGUCUGAUGGAGUCGAUCGUUGGGUCCCUCGACGAGCCGAGAUUACGAUGACACGAUGAUACGCAUAAGCGUCCCGCCGAGGAAUCGCGGCUGGACGACGACCGGUUGGAUCGGCCUGGCCUUCUUGUUGGCCGGUCACGCCACCGCACUCGGCCCGUUGGUUACUCGAGGACUCUUAAGUGACUGAGGCCGAGCUGCGAUUCGCGAGCCGGUGAACUGAAAAUCUAAAAAGGUGCGAAAAACGUACGCGUGAUCGAUCGUGCAUACGAGAGCCUUUCGUCGGCGCUACCGAUCGCGAGUGACCAUCGAGUUUAUUGGCGGUCGGUGACCCGCGAGAAUAUUCCAGUACCGUAUUCGUUGUGCACUCGAGACUUUUCGAUAUAUAUAUAUAUAUAUAUAUAUAUAUAUAUAUAUAUAAUAUCGUACUCGCUUCGCUGUAAAUAGACGUGUCGCGCGUGAGCAGCGAAAAUGAGACCGAACGCUGGAUGCCGCGAGAAACCACGAGCGCGCGGGACAGCGGGACGAUCCUCGGCUUGUAAAUUCCGAUACGGAUGCGCAAACUGCGCAGAGUGAUGUUACUCGGGGUGAACAGAUGGAUACCUUCUGUGCCGAAGAAACGUAGAUAAAAUUACGAUUCCUCUCAUACACCUGGACCGGUCGUUGCUGGAAGAGCUGAAUGGAGAAACGCGCACUUCCCUUUCCUGGAACUUUUAAUUAAUUUACGAGAUGGAGGGGAAUAUUAUGUGUACAUACGAUAUCGGAGCCUCAUUUACGGAAGACGACGCGACGUUGAUCGCGAUAUCAUCGUGACCGAGAUAUCGAUUACCAAUAGGACGUCGAUAGCGGUUAAGCGGUACGUCGAAAGGAGAAAGGCAGCGUUCUCCAGCAGUUGUUUUCGCAUCUGCGACGAGCGAAGUCGAGGUGGAAGCUUCCCCGACAACGAGGGUGAGAGGCAUCGAUUGGAGAACCAGUCGCUACGGCUCGCACCCCGCGAGAGGCUGAGAGGAAGCGGCGGUGGCGGCGGCGACGGCGACGGCGUCAGUCGAGGAAAGAAAGGUAAAACGUCGCGCCGGAAAGGAGAAGAGAAAAACGAAACGUGGCCAACGGGCGCGUUUACGACGUCACGCAGGUUACAUAUGAGAUUAUUAUCGGCUUUAGAGACUUUCGUGCGAAUUGCCGCGCUGCUGCGCUCGCGCGACGCUGGUUAGCUUUCCAUAUCACGUUCGCCACUUUUGCGGCGCGCACACGCCUAUUUUCUACCUACCACCCCCUCAGACCAGACCUCGUACCCCUCCGCACCACCGCGUUUUCCUUACCCUUCAUAUAUCGCAUCUCGACGAUCGCUCGAGCUACCGACCGUUAUCUUUUGUUUGCGGGAACCUUCGUGCCGUUCCGAUCAUCGUCAUUAUUCUUCGCGUACCCACGUGAAACGCACGGCGGAACAAGCGCGCGAUGACGCCGCGUUUUGUACCUGUAUGUACACAUUCGCAUUGUGUCGACAAAAGCGCGUCGUACUCGCGUGUCGUGUCACAUCGCGCUCCAGUUCGCGAGGAACCGUCGAGUACCUUCGCGUCAUUAUCGUCGAGAACUAAACUCCCUUCUCCCAUUCCUCCCUUCGAAUCAAGGUGCUACGCGGGUCUAUUUCCUCCCGAGGAAACCAGCAAGACUCGUGGUCUCAGAUCCAUACGUACAUUUCCUUCAAGCCUGUCUCCUUUUUUUUUUAUCCGAUUCUUUCCUCAACGGACACACACACGCGCGCGUACACCAAAAACGCAUUACGCGCUUAAUGAGCGACUAACGGUAAAUCGUUAUGUACGCGCCCGUGCUCUGUAUAUAAUACUGGACUUAGGGAGUCCCGUGUACACAUUUUCCGCUUAGAUAAGUCUAAUAUUAGCGUAGAGAUAUACAUGUUUGCUUAUAAGUUUUCGAUGAACACAACCGGAGAGAUCUCUCUUGCAUCCUGCGAUAUCGCUAAGUAAACCGGAGUAACGACCGCCAACAAAGCUAAACGCGGUGCUGGGGCACAUCGAGGCGGGCGAUCGUUUCGACGACUUCCGAACUCGCGGCUGCGCGGGCUAUCGGAGCCAGCAUUGUGUUUUUUUAUCCGCGUACAUCCGACACAUGCAUGUUUUGGCAUAGAAAAGCUUAUAAGCGCGGUAUCCAUGAAAUUUGCUUCGCCCGAAAAUCAAUUGGAGUUUCGACAUAUGCCGUUAUACUUGAUUUAUCAACGUUAAAUACGUCGAUUACCGUUUCUUUUCUUUUUCUCUCACUAUUGUUUGCUUUAUUGUGUUUAUAUCGCUCGAGAGCUUUUUCGGACAUGGAAAUGGGCGUUUUCCGACUUCGUGAUUAUCUGUACAUAGAUAAUAGCGUUAUAUUUUUAUAAAAAAACGAUAGAGAAGACUUACUGCUGAAAGCAACGGUAUGAUUUUAAUCUAUUGUUAGUAUUUUGACUGCCUGCAGUCAAGUUGAUUUAAAACUGGAAUAUCUGGAUAAAUGAACAUUUUUCGGUGCAAACCGAUAUUUUUCGAACUUGCGCGAAAAUAACAGAAAUUCAAUUUUAUCACGCUUCAUCGCUAAUUUUACAAAUAUAUACGUCCUCAUUUAGCAAUCGUCCAUGAAAAUAUGAUGCAGAACUCGCAUUAUAGCGGAAAUAGCGUUCGUGUUAGCGUCCGUCCGACUUUUCCUCGGAGAUCUCCACGUACAUUUUAUAAUCAACGCGAAAACAAAUGUUUACCGGUGCUCAUUUAGCGCGGUUUGUCAAACGAUCGACGUAUCGAGAUAGCACCCAGCCAGCCAUACAGCACACACACACACGUAAGCUAAUAAAUGAGUAGUAGAGGAGGUCAUGACGCCUUUCUAUACACGGAUUUCAGUUCCCUUAAAUAAUAGUUCGUCGCAUCGGUGAUAGUUUCAUUUUUACUUUUAAGUUUGUACAUAGACAUUUAUAUCGUAAUACCCACAGUAUCCUCGGUAAUAUGUAUAGCAGCGCGAGGAUGCCCGAUCGAGCCUCGGCGCGCGCGGCUGUUAUUAACUUCUGUACAGAGAUCGUCGCAAUAGACGAUUUACCUUUUGUACCUAUAAGGCUCAACCUAUGCGAGACGGUACGCGAUAAGAGGAGGGACUCCGAUAAGGAAAACCGCUGAAGAGAUCUGAGAGAUCUCGGAAUAGCGGAGUUGUACCUAAGCGAGAUCUAGGGAAACGUAAGAGAAUAAUACAAUAAUCGGUAAUCUCUAAUCCUCGAGUAUGUACUUAUUAUGAGCUUCAACAAGUAUUGAAUAGUAUUAUGAUGUAGUAUUAAGGCCGAACACACAGGUUAGGGAUAAAAUAGAGAGACUUUCGGAUCGACCGAACCAGCCGCGCGAAGUCGCGCGGAUCGGCGAGGAUUCCGCCGCGCCUCGAAAGUUUCGUCGCUCUCGGGGAUUCUAGCGCACGACCUCCCGGAGGUCGCUCCUCGUCGAUCCGCUCGGUCCACUCGUAUCAACAAAUCAUUCUUAAAUUCCUCCAGCCAUCAACCGACGUCCCGGAUCGUACUAGAUCACAAACGCGUCUGGAUAUAGAGAGGAGUAAAGAAGAACGAGUGUCGAAAGAGUGUUAUGUACGCGUGUGAGAGUGUGAGAGUGUGUGCGUGCGUGCGUGCGAUUGCGUGAUGACACGGAUUGAUACGUAAAAAAUAGUAACCUACCUAUCGUAUAUUUAAAGAAAGUUAUAAAAAGAGUAAAAGCAAACGUAAUAUUACGAUAGAAUAGUAAAGUACACGAACUUUGGCUAAGAGCGCCUUCGUGCAAUCCUUGCGGACCACGUCACGUCGACUGCGUGUUUGCGGAGGAAGGGUGGAAGGAUGGGGGAGGGUGUAUCGAUCCUGGACGAUGUGGUCCCCGUCGCAGAAUGCGAAGAAGUGCGUGCCCGAUGCGAGUGCACGAGGGCGCGCUUCGGGUUGGAGUAGGCGUGAUCACGGAAAGCAAUCUAAGUUGAACCUAAAGUUGUUAGAUAUAUUAUUUGUAAGAUUACUGUAUGUUGCGUGAAUGCGAUUGAUGCGGCGGGAUAUCGCGAGCGGAACGAUCGAUCGGCGACGUAGAGAGAAGUUAGCCUGCCCGGCUAUAAUAGCGUGGCAAAGUAUUUUCGCCGCUGUUCGUCGACACGUGAGCUCGAAACGCAUUCGAACGAGAAAAAGAAAGAAAAAAAGUAAAACCUCAAACAACACUGCCUGCGAAAUCCUAAUCGAUUAUCCCGCAACGUCGACCGCGAGAAGGCGAGAUAGACUAUAGACUCGGUUUAAUGUAUGCGACACGAAACAAUUUUGGGUGACAGUCCCUACUCGUGGUUACUCGUGUAAAGGAAAACGCAAAGGGGGGUGGGGAAGAGACGCCCUAACUGAAUAAUUAGUUACGACGACAUACUACUAUGAUAGGAGGAAGGGAAUGGAAGGAUAGACCCGCGAUAACGAUUUAUUAAAAUAUAUCACUAGGACUAGCCGACGACUGUCUUAGGUUUCAAGUAUCGGAAGCGUAGACUCGUUUCUCGAGUUGUGUAGCGAAGGAGGGGUGGAAUGGAACGAGGAAGGAUUUUGCUACACAUGGCGCUGCGUGUAUACCCUUUAUUUUUUUUUUAUCCCGAAGAUUACGGAAGAGCGGGAAUGAUCCGUUGACCGAUUUCCUCUUAAUUUCGCCCGCCUUUCUUUCCGCUCUUGUGUCACCGGCGCGGCACCGGUUUUUCUCCCGUGGACCGUUUUUCUUUCCCCCUUUUUUUUUACGGAUAUAUCUUGCCUUAAAGCAGAAAAUUGGAGCAAACUCGCGCGCGCGUGCGAGAUUAAUAGUCCAUUCGUAUCGUGGAAAACUCAUCCUUCAUCAUCGCCGUAUUUUUCUUCGUUCUUUCGGGGUACGCUUCUUUUUUUGCAUUCUGCUCGUUCCUGUCGACAGCAGAGCGAUCAAGGGUGGAAAUUAGGGCCGGGCGGUAGCGCGCCGUGAGUCGUUCUGAAGCUCGUAGAUGCCGAUAUACCGCUUAGGGGGAAUUCAAUUUAGCCGCACGAUGUAAGGGACGGAUCCGGCACCGCUCGAGGUAACGCCACCGUACCUCGGCGUGCAUCGGCGCAUCGGCAGUUUUGUUUAUGGAACGUAAUCGUGAAUAUCGAUCUUUCUCCAAGCGCCGCACCAAACGUUCUGUUUGUUCGCACCGGGCGAUAUGUCUAUCGAUUGAAUCAAUUCGGCCACACGCGUCACUCUGCGCUUGUCCAACGAAAAUACUUUCGGAUCAGGACAAAACUGACUUUUUGAAAAGCUGCGUAAGAUACGUGGAAAAUCAUUUUUAUCACAGGAUAAAAUCAAAUUUUUUUUGUCUACAUCUUGAGAAAUUGUCUUGUAAAUUGUCUUGUAAAUUUCUGCAUGUUUGGAUUGAGAACGAAAGCGGAAUCGCAUUGAAUAUACUGACAUAAUUUUAAUCUGCGUUGCACACGAUCGCACGCGAUAACACGAUCGAUCGAUUCACGGUACGCGCCGCCUAAGAAUUCAGACUUAAUGACACGUAUGUGCGAUUAUCAUCGUUAAUACACGACUGUAGGUAAUUUUUAGUUCAAAGAAUUUCGUACGAUAAGAGACCCUUUUAGAUAUUCACCUAUUACCUAAACCUAAACAUCCAAUCGCUAUUUUUAUCAAAAAAAAAAACAUGUUAAAAAUCUUUAAUAGUUAUCCAUUGUUCACUAUUGCUAUAAUAAAGUUUUGCUUUAAUAAAUUA